UCGAAAACCUAAGCACCCGUCAUCUCCAGCCGUGGCCAUGGUCAAGUACAAGAAAGAAUCGGUCACCAAAGUAGAAGCAGCACCUGCCUCAACGAAGAAGCCAUCCAAGAAAAGUAAGAGAGAUGCGGAAGUUGAUCUGGACAUCCAAAAUAAUCCCAAGAAGCAGAAAAAAGAGUUGAUUCAAGCUGAGAAAAAGGCACCACCACCAAAGAAGGUAGAGACCAGCAAUAGUUCUGAUUCUAAGAAAGAACUCAAGAAGGAUACUGAUGUUGAAAUGGCAGAGGCAAAGCAGAAAUCAAAUGCAAAACAAACGCAAACCAAUGAGACACCAAGCACUCAGGCUCGAGGAGGAUCAAAUCAACUAUUUGCUGGAAAUCUUUCAUCUAAAACUAAGAAAUCUGACUUAGAGAAAUUCUUCAAAGGAGUUGGUGGUGAAAUCAAAGUUGUUAGACUUGCUAGGGGAUACGCGCAUGUUGAGUUUGCUUCCGUAGAAGCAGUUCAGAAGGCACUGAAACUGAAUGGUAAACCAUUACUAGGCCGCAAGAUUAAGCUUGAUGAUUUUAACAAGAAUCCUGCUCCACGAAGCAGGUGCUUUUUCUUACCUGCCUUAAUACAAAACAUUAACAUGUUGUGA